CCAGUUCAGUUCAAAACUAGUUCGCCUGAACUGCACAACCCUAGGAAGAAAUAUAAUUUAAUUUAAUAAGUUUAACUAUAAUUGACACAGCAAACAAGCAACAAACAAAAUAGAAACAAGCAGGCCGUAUCAGGCCGAAAGUCACACAGUCCGCUGCGUGGUCGCGAAAAAUCGGAAAGAACCAAAGCAGACGCCAUUUUGUCUAUAUUGGCCGGCUGAGGGGCCGUGUAAGUGUAAGCUCAGGGGCCAGAGAAGAAAAAUUCGCAAAAUAUUAGUUUUCGGUUUAGAGCGAGUUAGUUAGAGGCCGAAUUCUCGUCCGUCUGUUUUGCUCCAGCAGCCUGCAAGAAGAGAUCAUUUUCGGGGAAAUAGGAGGAAUGUUUAUAGAUUUUUGCAAACUGUGGCCGCUGACCAGGAAUAUGUAAACGCAACGCAGCGCGCCGUUCUUAUUGGAAAAAGGACAAUAAGCUAGUGAGUUCCAGACGCAGAGAGUCAAGAAGACAGACAGGAAGAGAGAGAGAGAGAGAGAGCCGGGAGUCGCCGACCAACAGUGCCUCAAAAACCACAACAGCAACAACAACUGGCAACUCCCAUAUCUUGCAAAAUUGGACAAAAGGGACACGGAUUGCGGACUGGGACAUUUUUCACAACUGCCAUAAAUCCAAGACGACUCACAACCAAGCCAAAAAGAAAAACGCCGCCCAGUGCAGACUGCAGUAGGAUUAUUAAGACACCUAAAACUAGCGCUCCUGCACCUUCAUUUCCUUCGCUUCCGUUGCCUUUUGCUUUCCGGAGCUCCGCAAGACGACGACGCAGUUAAGGAGGAUCCGACGACGACUCCGCCGCCUCCACAAUGACGUUCGAUACGCGCAGGCAAACCACCGGACAGCCGGGCACCACCACCAGCAGCAGCACUACAGCAACCACCACAACGAGUCCGGCACAGAGCACGGGAACUGUCACGGGCACGGGAACAGGCGCAGGAACGGGCACAGUCACAACAUCGAGCCAGCCAGGCGGAGGAGGAGGAGGCAACGGUAGCGGUAGUGGCAGCGGCAGCCUGGACAGCAGCAGUCAGGAGCAACAGACACCGCCGCAACAAACAAGCCAGAGCUCGGAUGCUAGUUCGGAUGUGACAGCCUCGUCCUCGGCGGGCAGCGUGGAAAGCACCGUCACACUAGUGCCUCCAGAGAAGCUGAUAUCUUCAUUUCCCACCACCAAACUGAGAUCGCUGACCCAGAAGAUAUCCAAUCCGCGGUGGGUGGUGCCCGUGCUGCCGGAACAGGAACUGGAGGUGCUUCUCAAUGCGGCCAUUGAGCUGACCCAGGCCGGUGUGGAUCAUGACUGCGAGCCUUGCGUGGAGUUUUACCGCAAUGGACUGAGCACAUCGUUUGCCAAGAUCCUUACCGACGAAGCCGUGAACUCGUGGAAGUAUAACAUCCACCACUGCAUCCUCGUGUCCUGCGGCAAGCUGCUCCACCUGAUAGCCAUACACAUGCAGCGCGACAAUCCCUAUCUGCUGGACCUGCUGGCCAUUGUCUUCGAUCCGGAGAACAAGUUCAACACCUUCAACGCGGCCCGCCAGCCAGAGUGCUUCGCCACGCCGGACUGCAUUUGGGGACCAUUGGAUAGCAACAAGAUGUACGCCCGGCCGCCGCCGGAGCCAAAGAAUGCUCGAGGCUGGCUAGUUGAUCUCAUCAAUCGCUUCGGUCAGCUCGGUGGCUUUGACAAUCUGCUGGAGCGAUUUAACAGCGGUCUGGAGCUGCUGAAGCGCAAUCAAAACAAGUCCUCCGUCGCCGGAAAGAGUCUGGAGAGUAGCGGUGAUGGUGCGGGCCAGGAUAACCGCCUCACUCUAGCUCUCAUCCACAGCCUGCUCCGACCCUUUGGCCAGUGCUACGAGCUGCUGACGCCGGCUACCAUCGCGAAGUACUUUAUGCCCACCUGGAACGUUGUGCUUGAUUUGCUGGACAGCUUCACAGACGAGGAGCUGAAGCGCGAGGUGAAGCCGGAGGGGCGAAAUGACUACAUCAACGGCAUUGUGAAGUCCGCCCGCUUCCUGGCCAGCCGUCUUACUGGCCAGGAGGAGUUAAUACGCGACCUGGAGAUGUUCCGCCUAAAGAUGAUCCUGCGCCUGCUGCAGGUGUCCAGCUUCAAUGGCAAGAUGAACGCCCUCAACGAGAUCAACAAGGUGCUGUCCUCGGUGGCCUACUACUCGCAUCGAUCCCAGCCCCUGCCGCACUGCAUGCCCGAGGAUGAAAUGGACUGGCUGACGGCCGAACGGAUGGCCCAGUGGAUAAAGUCGUCGGAUGUAUUGGGCAUCGUGCUCAAGGAUUCGCUGCACCAGCCGCAGUACGUGGAGAAGCUGGAGAAGAUCAUACGGUUCCUGAUCAAGGAACAUGCGCUGACGCUGGACGAUCUGGAUGCCGUUUGGAGAGCUCAGGCCGGCAAGCACGAGGCAAUUGUGAAGAACGUGCACGAUCUGCUGGCCAAGCUGGCCUGGGACUUUACUCCAGAGCAGUUGGACCACCUCUUCGAGGCGUUCCAGGCCAGCAUGACAACGGCUAAUAAGAGGCAAAGGGAGAGGCUCUUGGAGCUCAUCCGCCGGCUGGCUGAGGAUGAUAAGAACGGCGUGAUGGCCCAGAAGGUGCUGAAGCUGUUCUGGACACUGGCCCACAGCCAGGAGGUGCCGCCGGAGGUGCUCGAUCAGGCGCUCGGGGCCCACGUCAAGAUCCUGGACUACAGCUGCUCGCAGGAGCGGGAUGCCCAGAAGACAAUUUGGCUGGACAAGUGCGUUGGCGAGCUAAAGUCGGGCGACGGAUGGGUUCUGCCUGCCCUGCGCCUCAUCCGUGACAUCUGCUGUCUCUAUGACACCACGCCGAACCAUGCACCGCGUACCCAAACGGGCACAAAUCGACAGCAGGUGAUUGAGCGGCUGCAGAAUGACUACUCGCUGGUCAUCCUGGUCACCAAUAGCCUCACGGCUUAUAUGGAAAAGGUACGCCAAAUGGUGGCCGAGACACCGGGCCUGGAGGCAGCAACAAUCCUGAUUGACGGAAGGUUCCCGCAUCAGGCGCAAAUUGCCGAGCGACUGGAGUUCCUCAAGUUCCUCCUGAAGGAUGGCCAGUUGUGGCUGUGCGCCGAUCAGGCCAAGCAAAUCUGGCACUGCCUGGCGGUGAGCGCCGUCUUUCCGGCUGAUCGCGAGGAGUGCUUCCGCUGGUUCGGCAAGCUGAUGGGCGAGGAGCCCGACCUGGAUCCCGGCAUCAACAAGGACUUCUUCGAGAACAAUAUCCUGCAGCUGGAUCCGCACCUGCUCACAGAAAGCGGGAUCAAGUGCUUUGAGCGCUUCUUCAAGGCGGUCAACUCCAAGGAGGACAAGCUGAAGGCCAUCCACAGGGGCUACAUUCUGGACAACGAGGACCUGAUUGGCAAGGACUACCUGUGGCGAGUGAUCACAACCGGGGGCGAGGAGAUUGCCAGCAAGGCCAUCGACCUGCUGAAGGAGGUGUCCACGGCUCUGGGGCCACGGUUGCAGGAGAACAUUGGUGAGUUCCACGAGAUGUUCAUCGGCGAGUGCUGCUCCAGGCUGCGGACCCACUACGGCAAUAUUGUGAUCCUGGGCAAGACGCAGCUGCAGGAGGAGCUGGAGGCACCCGACCAGUCGGACAAUGCCAACGACGAGUCCAAGGACUCGAAAAUGCGCUUCAUAGAGGCCGAGAAGAUGUGCCGCAUACUCAAGGUGCUGCAGGAGUACGUGAAGGAAUGCGACCGCUCCUUUAGCGGCGAUCGCGUCCAUCUGCCCCUUAGCCGGGUCACCCGCGGCAAGAACACGAGCCUCUACAUCCGCUUUCAGAACCCAGGCCGGCCAAUUGACGACCUGGAGAUUGUGACGCACAGCAACGAGACCAUGGCCGCCUUCAAGCGCAGUCUCCUCAAGCGGAUCAAGGGCACCUCCACGACCAACAUCAAGGUGGAUCUCUUCUACACGAAUGGCGAAAUGAUUGAGGUCUCCGACGAGAUCAACCCCCUCUACCAGUACACCAUCCGCGACAAGAUGAUCCUCACGGCCAAGCUGACGCCCGUUGGCACUGGUCUGGCCAGCAGUCCCGACUCCUCGAGCGACUCUAGUACCGGCUCUCCGCCGCGUCCCUGCCCCGACAUGCAGCGCGUUGAGUCGGAGAGCACGCUGCCCGGCGUGAUUAUAUCGCAGAACUACCAGUACACCGAGUUCUUUCUGAAGCUCUACCAGCUGGGCAGCGACUUGGAGCACGGCCGCCUGCGCGAGAGUGCCAAGAUCCUCCUGCACCUGCUACCCUGCGACCGCCAGACGAUGCGCCAGCUCCAGUUGAUGUGCAAAGUGCCCAAGACGGCGAUAACAGGAGCAGCUGCGGUGGCCCCCAAAGAGGAGGGAGAUAAACUGAACUCCAUUGAGCAGCCGCCGGUUGCCAGUGAGGCUGAGGAGGAGAGUAACUGCACGCCGGAGCAGAUGUUCCUGCACCCAACGCCCGCCCAGGUGCUGUACAAUUUGAGCGUGCUGCACGGACUGCUGAUUCCCGCCUUGGAACCGCUGGGCGAGCCGGCGCUGCAGGUGCAGUCGGCGUGGAUGCACUCGGGCUGCGCCCACUUUGUGCUGGAGCUGCUCACCAAGAACAAUUUCCUGCCCAGCGCCGAUAUGCAUACGAAGCGUGCCUCCUUUCAGUGCGUCCUGCGACUGGCCAAGUUGUUCCUCUACAUUGUGGGCAGCGUGUUGUCGCGCGUCGGCGAUGAGCCCAUGAUCUGUGACCUGGACAACGGAGCCCGCUCCCAGGUGGACAUCCUCAAGCAGAACUUUUCGACGAUGCCCAACAGCUCACAGGGCACGCUGCGGGCUAUUUCCGCCAAGUUGGCCGUGAUUUUGGCUCGCGAGAUGCUGUCCGCCACCCAAGAGGGCGACCGCUGCCGCACCCUGUUCAGCUCGAUGCUGCAGUGGUCCUGCCCGGACAUCUCCACCAUCAAGGCGGUGGUGCAGCUGGCCUGGGCCUCGUCCUGCGGCAACCUGCAGGCUUUGGGCAGCAGCAGCAGCAGCAGCGGCGAAGGCUUCGAGGAUGAUGUGAUUGUGCCGGACGGCCAGGACUUUAGCAUGUGCAAGGAGGCGCUCGAGGUGCUCACCAUCUCGUUCAUCCUGAAUCCGAGUGCCAAUGAGGCGUUAAGCAGCGACAGCAACUGGCCCAAGUUCAUCACCUCCAUUGUGCUAAAGAAUCCGUAUCGCCAUGUGCGGCAGGUGGCGUCGGAGCAGCUGUUCCUGGCGUCCACCUACUGCGCCGGCGAUCGGCGCCCAUUCGUUUACAUGGUCAACCUUCUGGUGGGUGCCCUGAAGACGUUGGUCCCGCAGUACGAGGCCACCUGCUCCGAGUUCUUCUCGGUUCUAUGCCGCACGCUGUCCUACGGCUGCAUCUACAACUGGCCGUUGCAGAUCGGCGAGGGACUGCUGGGCGACGAGAUCAAGUGGCUGCAGCGCAUACGGGAAAAUGUCCGUGCCACCGGAGACACUCAGGUGCACGAGGAGCUCCUCGAGGGCCACCUCUGCUUGGCAAAGGAGCUGAUGUUCUUCCUCGUUCCCGACUCGAAGGCCCAGCUCAACGAGCUCAUCCACGAGCUGAUCGACGACUUCCUCUUCACAGCCUCGCGCGAGUUCCUGCAUUUAAGGCGGCAGGGCAGCCUCCGGCAGGACACUGUCCCGCCGCCAGUCUGCCGCAGUCCGCACACCAUAGCCGCUGCCUGCGAUCUCCUCAUAGCCCUGUGCCAGCUGUGUGUUCCUAAUAUGAAGCUACUCACCAAUACACUCAUCGACUUUGUCUGCACGGACACGGAUCCGUUGCGGGAAUGGGAUUACCUGCCGCCUGUGGGCGCCAGGCCCAUUAAAGGUUUCUGCGGACUGAAGAAUGCCGGUGCCACCUGCUACAUGAACUCGGUGCUGCAGCAACUGUACAUGGUGCCGGCAGUGCGAGUUGGUAUCCUGCGUGCUCAUGGGGCUUGCACCACCGAUGGCGAGGAUUUUAGCGGCGACUCGGAUUUGACGGGCGGCGGCGGCGGCGGUCUGGGACCAGCGGCCCUCUUCUCCGGACCCGCCUCUGCCCUAGUCUCCUUCUCCUCGUCGUCGUCAUCGGGUGCGGGUUCCGAUGAUGGGUCGCAGGAUGUGCGCAAGAACUACCAUGUGGUGAUCCUGAAGCAUGUCCAGGCCAUAUUCGCCCACCUGGGCCACAGUGCUCUUCAGUUCUAUGUGCCGCGGGGUCUCUGGACGCAUUUCAAGCUGCAAGGGGAGCCGGUUAAUCUGCGCGAGCAACAGGAUGCCGUGGAGUUCUUCAUGUCGCUUUUCGAGAGCCUCGACGAGGGCCUAAAGGCUUUGGGCCAGCCACAGCUGAUGAAUGCCACGCUGGGCGGAUCCUUCAGCGACCAGAAGAUCUGCCAAGAGUGCCCCCAUCGCUACUCCAAAGAGGAACCAUUUAGUGUAUUUAGUGUCGAUAUUAGGAAUCAUAGCUCAUUAACCGAAUCUCUGGAGCAGUAUGUCAAGGGGGAGCUGCUCGAGGGAGCCGAUGCCUACCAUUGUGAUAAAUGUGAUAAAAAAGUAGUUACCGUUAAGCGGCUCUGCGUGAAGAAGCUGCCGCCCGUGUUAGCCAUACAACUGAAGCGCUUCGAAUACGACUACGAGCGCGUCUGUGCGAUUAAAUUUAAUGAUUAUUUUGAAUUUCCUCGUAUCCUGGAUAUGGAGCCCUACACAGUGUCUGGCCUAGCCAAGCUUGAGGGCGAGGUGGUCGAGGUGGGUGAUAAUUGUCAAACAAACAGCGUUGAAACAACCAAGUACGAACUGACUGGCAUUGUGGUGCACAGCGGGCAGGCCUCCGGGGGCCAUUACUUCAGCUACAUACUCUCCAAAAACCCUGCCAACGGCAAGUGCCAGUGGUACAAGUUUGACGAUGGCGAGGUCACCGAAUGCAAAAUGCACGAGGACGAGGAGAUGAAGGCCCAGUGCUUUGGCGGCGACUACAUGGGCGAGAUCUAUGACAACAACCUGAAACGGAUGCAGUACCGCCGCCAAAAGCGUUGGUGGAACGCCUAUAUGCUGUUCUACACCCGCUGUGACCAGACGCCCGUGCAGUACGAGCCCAGUGUGGAGCAGUUGUCGCUCACGGAGAGUCGCAACAUGGUUCUGCCGCUGCCCAAGCCCAUUGAGCGCAGUGUGCGGCACCAGAACAUACGGUUUCUGCAUUCGCGUAGCAUUUUCUCCGUGGAGUUCUUCAACUUUAUCAAAAAGCUGGUCAGCUGCAAUAUACCCUCUGCGCGAAGCGAUAAAAUUACACCUGCCGCGGAGGAGCUAUCGUUGCUGGGCGUGCAGUUGGCCUCGCAGUUCCUGUUCCACACUGGUUUCCGCACGAAGAAGUCCCUACGUGGCCCUGUCAUUGAAUGGUACGACACGCUCUCACAUCACAUACGUUCCUCGGCGCUGGUGCGCAAAUGGUUUGCCAACCAUGCGCUCCUCUCGCCGCCAUCACGGCUGGGCGAGUACAUCCUGAUGGCUCCCUCGCCGGAGGUGCGCACGGUCUUUGUCAAGCUGGUGGUCUUCUUCUGUCACUUUGCCAUCAACGAUGAACCCCUGGCCGGCUACGAUGGCGCCAAUCUGUGCGAGCAGGUGCUCAUCAGCGUGCUGCGCCUGCUGAAAUCGGAGGCAGCCGACUAUGGCAAGCAUCUGCCCCACUACUUCAGCCUCUUUAGCAUGUACGUGGGACUGGGCACUCGCGAGAAACAGCAGUUGCUGAGGCUCAAUGUGCCGCUGCAGUUCAUCCAAGUGGCUUUGGACGACGGUCCUGGGCCAACCAUCAAGUACCAGUAUCCGGAGUUCAGCAAGCUGCAUCAGGUAGUCUCCCAUUUGGUGCGCUGCAGUGAUGUGAGCGAGAAGUGCCAGAGCUCCAAUCAGAACGCCCGCCCGCUGCCCAAUCCCUUCAAAGAUGCCACCGUGGGCCACGAGGAGCUGAAGCCUUUGUCCAGCGAGUGUAUGGAGCUGCUCUUUAAUCGCACAGGCUACAUCAAAAAGGUGAUUGAGGACACCAAUGUGGGCGACGAGGGUUUAAAGCUGCUGCAAUACUGCAGCUGGGAGAAUCCGCACUUUUCGCGCGGCGUACUCACCGAGCUGCUGUGGCAAUGCGGAUUCGCCUACUGCCACGACAUGCGCCACCACACAGACCUGCUGCUGAACAUCCUGCUGAUCGAUGACUCUUGGCAGCACCAUCGCAUCCACAAUGCCCUCAACGGAGUGGCCGAGGAGCGCGAAGGCCUGCUGGACACGAUACAGCGGGCGAAGACGCACUACCAGAAGAGGGCUUACCAGAUCAUCAAGUGCCUGACGCAGCUGUUCCACAAGUCGCCGAUCGCCCUGCAAAUGCUCAACACAAAUCCGGCCAUCAGCCGACACUGGAGCAUCGCCGUUGAGUGGCUGCAGGACGAACUGGAGCGUCAGCGGGGCAUUGGCUGCCAGUACAACUCGUAUUCAUGGUCGCCGCCGGCGCAGAGCAAUGACAACACCAACGGCUAUAUGUUGGAGCGCUCGCAGUCGGCGAAAAACACAUGGACCAUGGCCUAUGAGCUUUGCCCGGAUGAGAGUAGCGAGAAAACGGAUCAGGACGAGAAUAACGAGUCUGAUUUGGAGUCCAACAUGGACGAGAAUAAGCCGGCUGACCUGGCUUCAACUCAGCCGGGAGGCGUGCAGGAGGCCAACACUGGUGGUGGUGGUGGCUCGGAGCAGCCAGCGGACAACAAGACCACCAGCAGCCCGUCGACAGGCGCCUGGCCAGCUCGUGUGGAUAGCAAUGCUAUACCCCGAUUGUCGCGACAGCUUUUCGGGGCCUACACGUCGACCGGCUCUCCCGGUAGCAGUAGUGGCGGCGUCACAGCAGCCACGACGACGGCGGGCAGUGGCGCCAACAGCGAGACGGAGAGCAGCGCCCAGGAGACGGCUGGGGAGACGAGCAUAAACGGGCUGACGAACAGCCUGGAUCAGAUGGAGAUAACGACCAAAAAGAAGCAACGCAGGAUAUUGAGAAGAAAGCUAGUGGAAAAUAAGGACGAGGAGGACACGACGGGCGAGACAACAGAGUUUAAAUUGGCGGAUGAGGUCCCAGCGGCGACAACAACUGCCACAGUAUCCACACCAACGACGGAGAAAAACUUAAUUUAAGCCGAGAGAAAAAAGAGGAGAACAAAAAUAACAGAAAAGAAACCACAAACGAAAAGUUCUUUGCAAUAAAAAUGUAAUCGCAAAUUAACAAACAAAGAUUGAGAGGAGCAACAACUUAUGAUGAACAUCCAUAUAGCGUUAAGUGAACCAAAGCAGCCUGACAAUGAGAACGGUGUGGAAGCAACAGGUGUUUUACUAUACUAGUAGUGGGGCUCCCGCCGUCGAAAACGAGACUUAAUGGGUUUAGAGGACGUCUGGGAGCGAGUCACGAGUCAAGGGGAGCAGGUGGGAUGUAUGUACCAGCAAAGGUGUUUAGUAGUUAUCGAACUUUAUAAUUACCUUAACAAGAUACACACAGACACACCCACAAAACACACACACUUUUGAAACAAAGAGAAACACACUCAUAAAUACUAAGAUGCGUUAAGUUGCACGUUUACAGUACCAUAUAAUUGUAUUUAUAUAGUAUAUAAAUGAUGUAUUACGUAUUGAAGCCGAGCAACAUUUACUAAUACUAACCGAAACGAAAACGAAAAAGAAAAGAAUAAAAUAAAAUAGCAAAAAAAUAAAUAAAAAAUCAAAACGACAUGAUAUAGGAUGCGGAUACGAUAUACUAGGGAAAACUAAUCGAAACGAAAAUCGGCUGAAUGUAUGAAUUAGGGCAAAAGAAACCAAAUUGCAUGUGAAACUGUUUCCAUAAUCAUAUUUCAACAGCGUAAAUCAAGUUAAUGGGAUGCUAAAUCAAAACGAAAACGAAGCAAAAACAUAAAAACAAAAAGCGGAAAACAGUAUAAACUCAAAAGCAAACUGGACUAAAGCAACACGAGAGCAUAAAGAGAGAAACUUGAUUAUGUUUAUACCAAGUAUACAUACAUAUAUAUAUAUAUAUUUUUAAUUGAAUUAGUGUUUUGUAUUAAGUGAAAUUUGUUAAACAUUUAUUAAAUUAUUAUGUUUUAAGUUGCUAAUAUAAUAAAAGCGAAUUGUAAGCAUU